CAAAAAUGCCGUUUAGUACACUCAUCUGCAAACGUCGUCGUCUGUUGAUGGCGUCAGAGGGGAUUUCUGGGUGCGACAGCUUGGGAUGUUGGCUAGCAGGCUAACCGAGAGUAGCGUCAAAACACUGAUUCUACAGCGGUAUUGAUUAACGUCAAGAGAAUCGAACAUGAAGGGGGUAAACGAUUCAUUUUUCCUUAAGUGUUUUUGAAAGUGAAGUCGCUGUGAUCUACGUAGAUUGUUAUAGCUCAAAAUUCAAAUGUCAACAACACGGCCCCUUCUCGGGAUGAAGCGAAUCACCGAGGUUACCUGCACAGAGCCGCCGGGAGAAAGGCAGUCCCCGACCGCCAGUAGAACGCAGCCCGAGUCGCUCACCGUAGAUGAGUUUGCGGUCCAUGAAGACAAACAAGCAGAGCUCCGAAUCAACAAACACAAAGUCGAGCAGCUUUUCCAAGUGACAUUCACGAUCAUUGGGCUGUUGGAUCAUACUGGAGCCCAUGGGAGUCAAGCUUCCAGGCAGAUCUGGCUCCAGUUGAAGGGGACAAAGGAGAAUGUUUUAAAAGCGAAGGAGUAUGUGAAAGGCCUGUGUGACCCAGAGCUUCAGAAGGAAGAGCGCUACCCGGUGGACAUGCAUUGCAUUUUUGCUGGUGCUCGUGGACUCUUUUUGGACCGGUUGCUUAGGGACACAAGUGCAGAGGUCCAAGUGGUGGAACCAGGCCGUCUGAGGUUGAUUGGAUGUGCAGAGGCUGUCGUCAUGGCGCAGAGUCGUGUUCAACAGUUUGUUGUGCUCUUUCAGGAGAACCGGAGCUUGCCUGCUGAUAGGGAACCCUUGGUUAAGCGCACCUUUAAGACCUUUGUUGAGGACAGGGCUGAUAAAUAUGCCAUGGAGCUGCUCUUGCUGCCUAGUGCCCUCAAAGAGGAACUUCUGGGCUUAGCCCAAAGCCCAACCCAGCUUAUGGCUCUCAGAGACCUAGACCAGGACCGGUCUCAGACCAGCACACCCGUAACGGACCUCUCCAACCGUAUCCUGGAUGCCACUUUUGAGGACAAGUCCUCAGGUCCUCCACCCUCUCCUGACAUCAUGACCGGUCCGAACGGUCGGCCCUGCUGCAAACGGCGGUCAUCUGAAAGUGAGCAGAGAGACACUAAACGACAAUACUCAUUGGAGAGGAGAGAAGAAGAGCAGUGGGAAGAGCGACGAGAGCCCAGCCAGACUCAUGCAGUAACGUCUGCAAAGGGGGUGCAGGGCGCAAUGGGGCUAAACUCUAGUGAGGUGAUGAAUGAGGGUGAGACGGUGAGUCCUGAGACUAACUUGCGCUGCCUGGUUAACUUCUUCAGAACUAUGGGCUACCAGCAGGAGGUUGUAGAGCGAGUGGUGCGGGAGACGGGCCAGACGGACGAUACAUUCUUGCUGCUGGAACGGAUUGUGGAGGAGACUCAGAGGACCCAGAGCACACAGGGUUCCCAGCGGACCUCUCGCACACCUGACCCUUCACCAUCUGCAAAUGCUUCCUCCACCACCACCUGUGCCAGGCUCAAAGAGAAGGAACGAGUGCAGAUGCGAGCUCUCACAGAGAUCAAGUGCAAAGAAAACAUUAGGCCUCCCAGUAGUAAUGGCAUAGGUCAGAAGAACCAAACAAGCCAUGCGCCACUGGCUUCGGCGACUCUCAAAAGAAACAAUGGCGCACAGAAUGACAUGUGUGAAGUCAUCAUUAUUGAUGAUGACGAUAACGACCUGACAGAGGUGGAGAGAAAGCCCCGAAUCGCAGGGCUAGAUUUGAAGUCAGAGCCCAAGUUUGAUUACCUGCCACGUGGAAGCUCUCAAACGAUGGUCCAGGUGCGGACAGAGAGUGUGACGGCUCUCCGUAGCUCUUCUCAAGGCCCUCCUCUCCGCAACACGGACACGCGACCAGGCUGCUCUUACCAGACUCUUCCUGGAAGGGCUCCUCUACAUCGCUCUGAAGCAAUUUGCACCCCUAAACCAGCACCCCUCACCGGUAUGUCGCGUUUCCAGCAGUCCCUGAGAACACCCUACCGACUAGUCCUACAGAACGAACCGGGUUGCCCUGAUCUGCGACAUAUCAUCAUCGAUGGCAGCAAUGUGGCAAUGGCGCAUGGACUUCAUCGGAUCUUUUCUUGUCGUGGGAUUGCCAUUGCCGUAGAGGCCUUUUGGCGCAGAGGUCACAGAGAAAUCACUGUCUUUGUACCUCAGUGGAGACAGAAGAGAGACCCCAACAUAGCUGAACAACACUUUCUGACCCAGCUGGAGAACUUGCGACUUCUCUCUUUCACCCCUUCUAGAGAAGUGUGUGGACAGAGGAUUUCCUCUCAUGAUGACAGGUUCCUGCUUCAUCUGGCUGAGAAGACCGGAGGGGUCAUUGUCACCAAUGACAACCUGAGGGACUUUGUGAAUCAGUCAGAAGAGUGGAGAUGGAUCAUUCAGGAGAGACUCUUGCAAUUCACCUUUGUCGAAGACCACUUUAUGAUCCCAGAUGACCCACUUGGAAAACACGGACCUCACUUGGACGAGUUCUUGCUUAAGGAGAGACGAGGUAGUCCUAUCAUGCCCCCCUUGAGGACAGACCUCCGGGCUACCCCAUCAGUAUACUCCCAAACAACGCAGUCAACGCCACAUCCACCCUCCCCUUCGCACUGGCCCCACUCCGGCCCUCCUGACUGGCACCUCCCUCGACCAUCCCCCUCUCCACCCCCCCAGCGAUCCUCCUCGGAAACCACCGAGCUCAAGAAGAAGUUGUACGACAUCUUUCCUGACCAAAAGCAGCGCAUUGACCGGAUUCUCAGCGACAAUCCAUACAUGAGGGACUUGAAUGCACUGUCAGGCCUCUUGCUGGGCUAAUGCACACUCACACACCAAGUACAGUUUUACUCUUGGCUACAUCCCAGUCUAAGAUGUGACUGCGGCAAACAACAGUAUAAGUGCAUGGAGGUCACAGGGCUUUUUUUUGCUUAUCAAAGACCACCAUGUUGGAAAAGUGCUGCUUCAAGCAUUUAUUUGUUCAAGGAUUUCUGUUCCAUCAACUAAUUCCGACAAAGAUAUCUAUGGCCCUCCACUUUGACUGCAAGCACAGUAAACUUCAGUUAUGAUUUGUUGUCAGCAGGAACUUUAACAAUGCGAGAAUGUACAGUCCGAAUGGCAUACAUUUUAAGUAAAUAUUUAUGAAGAAUAAUAUUCCUUUUCUGUAAGUUGUUCAAAAAUCUUUAUUCUAAAAGGUGUUCCAGCUACACAGUUGUUUUGAACUGGCUUUGCUGAAAUUAUGGCUGAAGGACAAAUGUCUAUUUCCUUUUUUUUUUUUUUUUUAUGAUUGUGCUUUGUUUUAAACUUUUUGUAAAUAUCGACAUUAUUGAGCCAAACAAGUGCUAGUCUCCAGUCACUCAAAACUGCCCUACUGAAGUAUCCUGUCAUUUGCACGAUAGAAUUGCUCCACUCUGUCCAAAGUGACAUUACUUCCUGAUCACUAAUUUUAGUUUCUGUUUACUUCAGUGAUGGGGAAAAAAAUGGUAACCUAUUUUUAGGAAUCCAUGAAGACCCCCUAUGUGGCUUAGGUGGUAAUGAGUCAGUUCAGGUUAAAUGGCUUCAAAAAUUUCCAGAUUACUCGGCGACCUGGCACUCCCUUUCCACUUCCCUGUUGUGCAAUCUACCAUUAACGGUUACCAGAGCCGUUGGAUGCAACCAUUAGAGGGCGCUGUGGGUUUAUUUGUUCGCAUUAUGUAAUGAAGAAUGAAUACAGUGCACAGUUGAAAAAAUGCUGUUUUCUCAGUCAUUUUAAAAACUAAAAGCAUUUAUUAUAUUACCACUACGGUGAAAAUAUAGUUCUAUACUUUAAACUGUAAUUGUUACCAUGUCAACUUGUCGCUGUUUCUGAAAUAUGUCUAGCGUUGGGUUUUGUGAAUUGGUAUUCAAUUUUGGGAAUGAAAAUUCAUAGGCGUUGAACCCAUAGUAGCAUCACAGACACCGCAGGCACUGUGGGUAUCUCACAGUAUGGCUGCUGAAAGCUUUUUUUGGAAGGCAGUGUUAAUAAAGGCAAUUUAUGUGUUUA